UGGAUGGAUAUUUUCAAGAACUACACAAUGAUAUAUAUUACGCCACUAUAGACGUGUAAAUGUAAGGCACGAGUAAAGUUGGCUUUUGCUUUUUGGUCUAUGAUUUUGUUUCAGGUCCAACGUUCGAAACACUGCCAAAAUUGCGUAAUAGAUUUUAAGUGAUGGACUUACAUACUGCUUAAAUCAAUUUCUUUAUUUACUCUUUUUUUGCAAGUUUCAUUGAAGUUAUGAGUUUGUGUUGGUGGCUGGUUGAUCGUAAACCGAUGAUCAUGAUUUUUGUUAAUUAUCCGAUUUUCAAAACGCAAGAUAAGUUUAAUUCCAUUUAUUAUGCCAACAACCUCUUCCUGUGGAAUUCCUCGAGUGAUUUGCCUUUAUUCCCCCUUAUAAAGAGACGUUUUGUUACCUUUUUUUUUCGCAAAUAGAAUUUAAGCAAACUUGAAAUGUCGCGCGCAUUGCAAUCAUUAUGGCGGGAAAUUGUCAAAACACAGGGAGUUUGAAGACGAUUUUCCAUAAAGACAAUUAAUCUAAAUGGAAUAACAUAAAAGAAAUGAUGUUUUUCAUGUGAAGGUCGGUAAAAUCGGCGUAAAAAGCAAUUUUCGAUGGUAAUUCUACAAAUCGACUCGUCAUUUCGAGUUGUGGAGUUGAGAACUCGUGGCUUGAAUCCUUGGUUCCUUCCUUUCUCUUCAGCAGAAUAAGUUUUCCUUCUCGUACAAAUAUUUAAAAAAGCCAUGUAAUAAAUAACUCGGCCUGCGGCCUCGAUCUGUACAAAAAGCCCGCGGGCUGAGAUUUUUCAGUACGGACCUCGCGCUCUGUUAAUAGUAUUAUAUAAUUCUAGUAGUAUAAAAGUAAUAUAUAUUUUAAAAAAAGAAAAAAAAAGCAUUAUUUUAGCCCCUUAAGUCAAUAUUCAAGUUUUUUCCGCUCUCUCUUUCCCAUAGUGAAAUUGGAUAAAAACGCAUUUGGAAUUAAAGUAGAAUAACUAGAAUAAAGAAAAUUUAAUUUUCGGCAACCCGAUUGCCCCCUUAAAAAAGCUGGUCGGCUAGAUCCAGCCAAGAAUAGAGUAGAGGGCAUCUGAACGAUAUCAUCUGUUGAACUGAAUAACAUCAUCCAUCUAUCCUACUGGUAAUACGACUGAUGUUGUUUUAAAUUGCGUUUUCUGUAGAAAAUAAUACCAGCCUCCUAAAGCGAUGUUUAAAUCCAACAGAGCAAUAAAUUUAAACAUGUAUUGUAUCCCAUUCCCAGAUGGUGCCAAUCACGUCACGAUAUGAGAAACUCAUUUUAUGCCAUAUUGGUCGAAAUAAGGGAUCUUGAAAAAAUCAUACACAUAUUGGAAUCAUUGCUUAGUUUGAAAUGUAAAGUACAAUUGUCUGCAAGAAACAAUUUCAAGUAUCGAGAAAUAAAAAAUUGUAUGUAGGAGUAGCAGUCGAAAUCGUGUUUGCUUUAACUCGUCAGGGUGGUAUUAAUUGCCUCUAUUAGAAAAAAAAACAUCCUCAAUAAAAAAAUGUAAUUUUUGGCAACUGAAUCAGCUAGAUCUAGCCAAGGUAGAGUAGAGGGUAGCUAAAGGACUUCAUCUAUGGAGGUCUAUGGGGUAGCUAAACGAUUUUAUCUAUUAAGGUCUGUACUUAAAUAACACCAUCUAUCCUACUGGUAAUACGACUGAUGUUGUUUUUAAUUGUGUUUUCUUUAGAAAAUAAUACCAGCCUCCUAAGGCGAUGUUCAAAUCCAGCAGAGCAAUCAAUUUAAAAAUGUAUUGUAUCCCAUUCCCAGAUGGUGCCAAUCACGUCACGAUAUGAGAAACUCAUUUUAUGCCAUAUUGGUCGAAAUAAGGGAUGUUGAAAAACUUAUACACAUAUUGGAAUCAUUGCUUAGUUUGAAAUAUAAAGUACAAUUGUCUGCAAGAAACAAUUUCAAGUAUCGAGAAAUAAAAAAUUGUAUGUAGGAGUAGCAGUUGAAAUCGUGUUUGCUUUAACUCGUCAGGGUGGUAUUAAAUGCCUCUACUAGAAAAAAAAACAUCCUUAAUAAAAAAUGUUAUUUUCGGCAACUGAAUUGCCCCCUUAAGAAAGCUGACCAGCUAGAUCUAGCCAAGGUAGAGUAGAGGGUAGCUAAACGAUUUCAUCUAUGGAUGUCUAUGGGGUAGCUAAACGAUUUCAUCUAUGGAGGUCUGUACUUAAAUAACACCAUCUAUCCGAAUGGUAAUACGACUGAUGUUAUUUUUAAUUGUGUUUUCUGUAGAAAAUAAUACCAGCCUCCUAAAGCGAUGUUCAAAUCCAGCAGAGCAAUCAAUUUAAAAAUGUAUUGUAUCCCAUUCCCAGAUGGUGCCAAUCACGUCACGAUAUGAGAAACUCAUUUUAUGCCAUAUUGGUCGAAAUAAGGGAUGUUGAAAAACUUAUACACAUAUUGGAAUCAUUGCUUAGUUUGAAAUAUAAAGUACAAUUGUCUGCAAGAAACAAUUUCAAGUAUCGAGAAAUAAAAAAUUGUAUGUAGGAGUAGCAGUCGAAAUCGUGUUUGCUUUAACUCGUCAGGGUGAUAUUAAUUGCCUCUAUUAGAAAAGAAAACAUUCUUAAUAAAAAAAUGUAAUUUUCGGCAACUGAAUCAGCUAGAUCUAGCCAAGGUAGAGUAGAGGGUAGCUAAACGAUUUCAUCUAUGGAGGUCUAUGGGGUAGCUAAACGAUUUCAUCUAUGGAGGUCUGUACUUAAAUAACACCAUCUAUCCGAAUUGUAAUACGACUGAUGUUGUUUUUAAUUGCGUUUUCUGUAGAAAAUAUUACCAGCCUCCUAAGGCGAUGUUCAAAUCCAGCUGAGCAAUAAAUUUAAAAAUGUAUUGUAUCCCAUUCCCAGAUUGUGCCAAUCACGUUUCCUCGCAAUAUGAGCAACUCAUUUUAUGCCAUAUUGGUCAAAAUAAGUAUGGUAAGAAGGUGGUAUUAAUUGCCUCUAUUAGAAAACAUCCUUGCUCUAACUAUUGAAAUGAAAUCUCUAUUUGCACAUUCGCACUGAACUGUCUUGAAUCCACAUUUUGAGGUGACAGGAGCAGUACAGAUCAUUGAAAUAUUGGAUUCUAUUGGUUUUCAAGUUAAUCUCUUCUCGAAGUUCUUUUCUGAUUCUAUUGGUUUUCAAGUUAAUCUCUUCUCGAAGUUCUUUUCUGCAAAAUGAGGCUUAUAUGCCUCUUGUUAUACUUCAACUGUCUCGUUGCCGUAGCUACAUCAAGUCAAGAAUCCUUCUGCCCAGCGUCCAUCCAUUCGCCAGGCGCGCGCAUCACUCAAGUUGACCUUGCCCUGCGGAGCAAGCAUGUGAAAAAGCGUCUUCAGGGCCAAAGUCAGAUGUCAUGUAGUCAGCGGUGUCUGCAGCAAGACUGGUGUAUAUCGGUGAACUACGAAGUGUCUCGACCGGAGGGAGGGGCCUGCGAGUUGAACACAUUCGGAGUCGAGAUGAUGGCCGACGCAAAUCCCAAAAACCCAGAGUUUAAAAGGAAAAAAGGAUGGAUAUACUCACAGCUAAGGUCCGCUCAGUUCACACUAAGCUUACAAGCUUGUAAAGAUGGUUCGUUUACUUGUUCAAACGGAGGCACAUGUGAGGUUGACUGCAAAACUCUCGUCCCAAGAUGUCAUUGUCCGGAAGGCUUUUCUGGAGACAAGUGUGAAGAUGAUAUAAAUGAAUGUCAGAGCAAUCCGUGCAAGAACGGGGGAACGUGCGCUAAUGGAGAAAACAAAUACUCCUGUGUAUGCGCUCCUGGUUUUACAGGCACAAACUGCGACACGGACAUUGACGAUUGUGCUGGUGAUCCUUGUGCAAACGGAGGGACUUGCACGGAUGGAAUCAACGGCUUCACAUGUACAUGUCCCGCUGGUUAUACUGGAAACACCUGUGGAACUGAUAUUGAUGAAUGUGCAAGCAGUCCCUGUCAGAACGGAGCCACAUGCAAUGACGGCGUUAACAACUACACGUGCUCAUGCAUUCCUGGAUUCACCGGCACACGCUGCGAGACUAAUAUUGAUGAAUGUGCAAGCAGUCCCUGUCAGAACGGAGCCACAUGCAAUGACGGCGUUAACAACUACACGUGCUCAUGCAUUCCUGGAUUCACCGGAACAAACUGCGAGACGAACAUUGACGAUUGUCCCUCGGGUGCUUGUAAUAAUGGCGGAACCUGUAUUGACGGCUUGAACAGCUACACAUGUAAAUGUGUUACUGGGUUCACUGGUGCAAGUUGUGAUACAGAAACCCACUGUGAGAUUGUGUUCCCUGUUGGUAACAAGUCCGGUUUUCCUGUCGUGACCUUUUCAUCACCCGGGGUCGUGCUUGAACAGUUCGCCGUGUGCGCGUGGUAUUCCCUGUACCAAAAGUGGACGGAGAACGUCAUCUUGUCCUACGUCACGAGCGAUAACACCAGUCAGCUGGAGGUCACAAUAAAGCGAGAUGGAAAGAUUGGGCUGUCAGUCAAUUGGAAGUCAGUUGCCGUUCCCCUUCGCGACAAGUUUCUUAAUUUUGAGGGAUGGCAUUUCUUCUGCAUCGGAUUCCAAGGCAAUUCAGUAAGAUUCACAAGUGACAGCGAGGAAUUUGGGACUGAGGACUUUGAUUUGCUAAGUAAUGAAAAGCUCACAGGAGGCGGGAAACUUGUGCUCGGCGCGGCCCAGAGAUGUUUUGGGGGCUGUUUCCAAGAAUCAUCAAUGUUUAAAGGAAAUCUCACGAAUGUAAACAUUUUCAAUAAAAGAGAUACAACUACAUAUUACCAUUGCAAGACAGAUGCAAUGACAUAUAGUGACACCCGAAUAUUGACAUGGAGAACGAUACAGAGGGGACAUCCUUCAAACGGUACGAUCUCAGCUACGUGUCCCGCAAGCUGCAAGCCCAACACUGUACAAGACCCCUGGUGCGAAUUCCAGUUCCCCAAUCGCAGCAGAGAGAAUUAUGUUGCUGUGCCUGUGCCAGGCGAUCUUUCUGCGUGUACAAUCUGCGCAUGGUACUCACUGUCGAGUGAGUGGAAGGACAACGUAAUACUCUCCUACGUCACCAGCGACAACACCAGUCAAUUCCAAGUGGUGAUUAAAGCCGACGGGAGACUCGAGCUUAUGGUCAACUGGAAAACAUUCAUCAUACCGAAAGCUAAAGGAGGCUUACUGUACCUAUCUGGGUGGCAUCCCUUUUGCGUUCAAUGGAGGGAUGGGAAAGUAGGGCUCUACCGACAAGAUACAGACUUUGGCGAAGAAACGUAUAAUGACCUGGAAGGCCAAUUGGUUGGCAGUGGCGGUAAACUCAUCAUUGGAGCAGCGCAGAGAUGUUACGGUGGCUGUUUCCAAGAAUCACUAACAUUUCGCGGAAAUCUGUCACAAGUAAACAUAUGGACAAAUGUCUUGGGAGGUAGCGAGGUGGAUAAAGUAAUAUCGAGCUGUGGCGGUUACAGCGAUACCCCGGCAGCACUAAACUGGAAGACAAUUCAGGUUCCACCCUUGAACGGAGGAGUUCUCAUUAGCUGUGAGGGGGGAUGUCAGUCUGGACCAGCAGAAGAAAAGUCCUGUGAUCUUGUGUUUAGCACCCGAAGUCCAUCAAACUUUGCCUCUUUGACAAUACAAGAUGACCUCGUAGAAUUCACUAUCUGUGCGUGGUACUCAUUGGCAAGUAACGCCACUGACAAUGUCAUCCUGUCCUACGUCACACAAGAUAACAGCAGUCAAUUUCAAAUAAAGAUCAAGCAAGAUGGGAAAAUUGAAGUCAUGAUCAAUUGGAAGGCAAUACAUUUGGGACCAAUUCUCAACGAUGAUAGGAUUAGGAUAGCGUCUUCUGUUCCACUGAUUGGUUGGCAUCACUUCUGUGUUUUCUGGAGGACUUCAGGAGAAACAACAGUGUACUGCGACAAUAAUAAAGUCUUGAAGAAUUCUUUCGCAGCAUUAACAACUCCUAUCAAUGGAGGCGGUAAGGUAGUGAUCGGUCAAUCACAAGGCUGCUAUCUUGGAUGCUUCAACGACACCUUAGCUUUCCAAGGACGCCUAACACAGGUAAACAUUUGGCACACGGCGUUCGAUUCUUCCGAUUUUUCAAAUGUAUUCAACGCGAAAGGCAAAGUGUGCCAUUCUGUUACAAGGCCGUAUGCUCUGAUCUGGGGAAGCGUUCUUGCUUCUCCCCUGAAUGGCGACGUUUACCGAUCCUGUCCAUCCAGCUGUUGAGAAGAGUUAGAUAAUUACCAUAUUAUCCACAGGCGGCCCAAGAUCUGGAUCUGCUACAAGUUGUAAAAAGGUAACAUAACAAAUCAUCGGACGUUUUCAGUCAGUAUAGUUGUCACGCUAUACAAUCUUGCGCAACCAAGUCCGACGGUUAAUAUUUAUAUUAUAUUUUACACUUUUUUACAGCAGAGCUUUAGCCUUAGCCGCCUCCGCAGGCAUCUCAAUACGGAAAGAAGCGAAACAAGAGAAAUAUAGAAACCUUUUUAAUGCGGGCUUCCUGUGGAAAACGACAACAAACUACACAGGAAGCCCAGAUCGCAGUAAAUGCUAGAAGGGCCCCUUUUAUAUAUCUUUUUUUAUUCGAUUGAGAUCCAUGUGAAGGAGGCUAGGACCGCCUGUGAUUUACCCGAACUAUAGGCAACCUAAUUUA